AGCAGCAAUACAAGCGAGUUCCUUAUAACAGCACGGAAGUCCCAAAUCUAAUGUUUCGACUCUUUGGUUUGUAAUGGCGAAUGACUGAAGACAUCCUCUUUAUUAACGGGUGUUUGCGAUCUGGUGCGACCCCUGCAGCCCACACCUGUCACACCUGGACGCGCGCGAGCUCACUCGCAUGAUGGAGCUGAAAUUCCACAGGAGACAGGGGAGCAUUGACUUUUUAGAGACCUUUGGAGUUGUAAAUGAGAAUGGCAUGGAAAACCAAUCUCUGCCUCCAGUGCAACUCCCUCUGUUAUUCGAUUAUGUGCUGGUGGCAAAAAUCUCAGAUGAGGAGGACAAACGCCGCAUCAGAAAACAGAAAGCUUUCUUAGACGCAUUAAAUGCCAAGAAAUUAAAGAUAACUAAAACCAGAGAUGAUGAAACAGUGUUUUAUUGCAUCAGAGCGCCAAAAGAGAUCUUUGAGAUGUACAGGUACCUCCUAAAAGUGUCCGAUGCCUGUAACUGGAGUUGUGAGCAGCAGGGUACUAUACCUCAGUCAACCAGGAUUCGUAUCGUUGAUUUUAUUCUUCAUCACACCAGCAUUGAUUCAGAUGGCGUAUCAGAAUAUCUGCCAGACCUCAUGAAAAGAAAUGUUUUUGAGACUCAUUUCUGCUUACACGAGAAAAAAGAGCAGAAGGAGCUGAAGCAGAGCUGGGCUCGAUGGUCUGCUUGUUUUCGGGGGCAGCCCAUAACUAACAUCAGGAAUUACCUUGGUGAGAAGGUGGCACUCUACUUCCUGUGGUUGGGUUGGUACACCUUUCUGUUGAUUCCCGCCUCUCUCAUUGGUAUCGUAGUCUUCUUGUAUGGCCUGGCCUUCUACAACACAAGUCCUCUCAUACAGGAAGUGUGCCAUUCCAACACAAUCAUGUGCCCCCUGUGUGAUAACACAUGCAAUGUUUGGAGGCUUUCAGACACCUGCAUGUAUGCAAAGGUCAGCUUUCUAUUUGAUAAUGCGGGCACAGUGUUUUUCGCCAUGUUCAUGGCGGUCUGGACUACUGUGUUUCUGGAGUUUUGGAAGCGUCAUCGAUCCUCUUACGUGUGUGCGUGGAAGGUGUUUGACUGGUGUGAGGAAGAGGAGGAGUUGAUACUGGAGAUUGUGAACAACGCAGACUGUAAACCCAAAAUACAGAGACACUCUUAUCUACGCUCCACCAUAGUGCUGGUUUUAGUCACGCUCAUGUUGCUGUUGAUCAUUGGUUUAACUCACGCCCUAGUGGUGUUCAGGGUUAUAGCAACCGUGCUGUUGGCCGAACACAGUUCCUGGAAUGUCAUCAGUGAAAACUCACAGACGGUUGCCCUGAUGCUCGGAGCCGUGCUUCACUAUAUCACUAUCACCGUCAUGACACGGGUGAACUGUAAAGUUGCCAUUAAGAUGACUGAAAUAGAGAAUAGGCAAUCCCAAGCUGCCAUUGAAAGGAGCUUCACGGUGAAGAUGUUCAUAUUCCAGUUCUUCACUCUCUUCUCUUCUCUCAUUUACACAGCGUUCUUUCUGGGAAGGAUUAAUGGUCACCCUGGUGGAUAUGUGAGGAUAUCAGGCAGAUGGAGACUCGAGGAGUGUCACCCUAGUGGCUGUCUCACAGAUUUAUUCAUUCAGAUGUCUAUUAUCAUGGUGCUUAAACAGACCUUCAACAACAUCUUUGAAUAUUCUGGGCCCUGGUUGAAACGCUGGAUAAAAAAGAAAAAGACUCAGAAGUUGAAGAGAAGGUGUAUUAACUGCUAUAAGAAGGAGUGUAUGAAUGCACUGCCCGGAUCAGAAUUGUGUGACAACUGCAAACUGGAAAAUCUCCACAGGAACUACGGACUCAAUGAAAUAGAUUGUUUCAGCCUGUUUAAUGAGUUCCUGGAAAUGGUGAUACAGUUCAGUUUCACAACUAUAUUUGUUGCGGCAUUUCCUUUGGCUCCAUUGUUGGCCCUUCUAAACAACAUCAUUGAGAUCCGACUUGAUGCUAUUAAGAUGGUCAGUCUUGAACGCAGACUGGUGGCGACAAAGGCCAACGAUAUUGGUGUCUGGACGGACGUUCUGGAGACCAUUAGUGUGUUUGCGGUCAUUGCUAAUGGACUGGUCAUUGGUAUAUCCUCUGAUUUUAUCCCACGUCUGGUUUACCAGUACUACUACGGGCCUUGUGCCACUGGUAAUGAUUCUGGCAUUGACUGUUUGGAAGGAUACAUAAUCCACACACUGUCCACCGCCAAUAUAAGUGAUGAGAGAGUCCGUCAAGAUUUCUCACUGAAACAAAUGGUCACUAACAACGGCAUACAUGUUACACACUGCAGCUAUAGAGACUACAGAAGUAAUGAAGACUUCAGUUUAACUAAUCAGUUUUGGGUCAUUCUGGCGGCACGAUUAGUCUUCAUCAUUCUGUUUGAGCAUGUUGUGGUAAUCUUUAAGUGUGUAGCAAGCUGGUUUGUGCCAAACUCACCGCUGGAUGUGAGAAAUGAAAGGCUGCUUGAUAAACUCAGCAGAUUAAAGGAAGAACUGAGAGCACAAAGAUCGCACAAGGACACUUUCACUAAACUAAACGAGCAUGAUAAUAAAACAAGAAAAUUCAGACAGAGAAACAAAAACAAGCUAAAUAGUCUGUGAGCCACACUUAGUUUUUUCAGCAAGCUUUAUAACGUCCCUGCACAUAAAAAUUGUGGGCUAUAGCUUUUAUCCAGUGUCUUGGAUUUCACUGUAAAAACUGUAGACUGGGAUAUUUGGCCUUUUUGGCUUUUGAUUUGUGUGUGCCUUUAAAAUCUGUGAUAAUUACAGUAUGUUGUCAUAUUAUAUACAUGUAUGUGAACAUUGUUACAAUACUUAUUUUAUAUGUUUUUAUAUAUUUUUAUAUGUUGUCUACGUACUUGAAACGUUUCAAAUAUUGUAUCAAAUUGUUCUUUAAAUGGCACUUCUUAAGAUUUAUUAUUAUUCCACAACUGUAUUUAUCCACAGAUGUUUACUAAACACUACGAUUUGAUGAAGUUAUGUUUGGGAUGAAUAAGAGAUAUUUACAGUAUAUUUGAACAAAAUUUCAAAGCAUUCUAGCAUUUGAACAUUUGCAUAAAACUUGUGCUAAACACUUUUUUGCCAUGUCAAUGUUUAUGAAACAAUAUUUUAGAACCUUGUCCUACAUGGAAUAUAGCACUACUUUUAUUUUGUUGCGUCCUCUUUGGACCUCAACAAUGUGAAACCGUUUUAUAAUAUGGAAAAGAGCUACUUGGCCAUUCAGAAAAACAUUUUAUUUUGUGUUUAAUGGAAUAAAGAGAAUUUUACAUGUUUGUAAUGAUUUCAGAUUGAUAUAGAAUUUGUCUGUGCAUUAGUAAUACACUAAUGCAGUAGAUCUUUUGCUUAAUAUACUAAACUUUUUUCUCACCGAUAGUAAGCUUUGUAAAAAAGAGUCUAAUUCUACUCCUAUGAGUCCCACUAGGAAUGUAAGAUCAGGUUUACAUGUCCUUUCUCAUUUUGUAGAGCCUAAUUCACAACUCUCUGAAGUUUGAAGACCUGGUUUGUAAAUGUGACAAACAUUUGUUAAGUUGUUAAGUUAUUUUGACACUUCCUGUUUUCUGUGUAGUCUGCUGUAGUUCUUUUGUUCAUUGGUUCCCUAUUGAUUUGUUCCCAGGUGUGUCUUGUUACCCUGCUUGGUUCUGUCUAUAUAGCCCUUGUGUUUCACUUGUCAUUUGACAGUCGUUGUUUCUGUGUUUUGGUUCAUUUAUGGUUAUACUUACUUACUUUUGCACCUUUGUUCUUUUAUUUUACUUUGUUUUGUAUUAAUUAAAUCUCAACUGCACUUGGAUCCUUUUUCUGCCUGGUUUCUACAUUACAGCAAGACUGACCUAAACAAUUUGUGGUGGUGAGUUGAAGCCUCAUGAAGCUUUGAAGGUUUUUAGCCAAGUGGUUCACACAAGGGUUCAUUUCUCUGGGCUUCAUCUGCUCAAAAUACCAUCUGGUGGCCAAAGAGUGUCAAACAAGCAGAUACAUUGCAGAUGUGACUGUUGUGGUCUGUGAUAAACUGUAUUUUGCACCAGUUAAGGCUUAGAAAUGUAUUUCCACAUACACUAGUCUAUUUAUAUUAAUAUAAUGUGUAUUUUCUGGUGGUAUGUGAUGAUUGUAUAACAUAACUGCGUAAUAAACGUAUUGGCAGAAGGUGCCAGGUGUCUGGGUUUAACUGAGCAGAGGGCAGUGAAUGUGCUUGUGUAAGUUGGUUUAUAUAGCUGUCAAAAUAUUGCUGCAAGAUUCGAACCGUCUCCUGAACCACUCAGGCGGAAACGAGGUCUAAAGUGAUCGCCUGGACACACGCUUCAAUGAAAGCUUUAGGAUUUCUAGACACAGGCCUCCGAAGCCUCAGCACAGAACGUAACAUCAGUCCUAAAAAAAAUCGAUCCAGCAGGGUCCCUUGUUCGGCUGCACCAGGGUACUAACACCCUCAGGGACCACAUCAAAUUUCGGACAUUGCAAACACCUCCAACCGCUCAGAUUUUAUGUUGAUUACAUUUUUUUGAUAUGGACUUACCCAGCUACUUCAAAUUUAAGUCAUCCAUGAUAGUAAUUUCUGGACCAUGCCCUGGUGCUAGUCGGGUCCCCUUUCAUGGUGGGGUAGGUCAUGGAGGAAGAGGUUACCCCUAAACAAUUGUUGGGGUGGUGGGGCAGUAAGCCUCCAGUUCCCACACUGAUGGUGGUCAGCCUGAUCAUCAAGGUGGCCACCAGCCCAGAGCCUGCUUGCAAGAUGGCCACCUCACCAGUGUUAACUGACAAGAUGUUGGUUUCAAAGCACAGGUGUCUGAAUUCUAACCUGGAAGAUACCCCUCUGGCAUCUGUGCGAGUGGCUUGUGUCCCUAAGGUCCCAACACUGAUAGAUCUGUUAAUGAUGUCACGUCCCAGGAGUCAGCUCUACCCUUAGUGGUUGGAGCCUUGCGGUGUGUCUCUGCUGUUUAUUACUCUUCCACUCCAGAGACUGUUGAAAAGAUGGACAACUCUUCUGUGCCAAGUGCCUCAGUCAAGAUGACUGCUCUGACUUCUCCUGGAGGUGUGUCACGUUACCCUGUUUGGUUCUGUCUAUAUAACCCUUGUUUCACUUGUCAUUUUUAGUGUUCAUUUAUGUUUCAUUUACUUUUUGCCUUUGUUUCUUCUUUUAUUUUGUUGUACUUCGUUUUUUUUUAAUUAAAUCUCAACUGCACUUAGA